UAGGACAUUUCAGAGUUCCGACUAGCACAUGAACACGGCAUAACAUCAGCCAUCCAGGCAGGAUGCGGGCUCUGAUUACAUCCGAACGUUCAAGCGUAACUGACGUAUAUGGCUUCAUCAUUAUCGUAUUUCACCGCUCAAAAUAUGAUAUUUUUCAACAUUUCUUUGGUUUCUAUCAUUCGUUUUAUUAGGCUAAUAAUCUCUCGUCAUAAUUUGCAUUCAUGACACGAUCGGAGAUUUGAAGUUGUGGUUUGAUAUUCAAAACAGGCGUCUGUUUUGCGGUUAGACAAGUAGAUUUACUCACCUACAGUAUGUCGAGUCUGUAUUGUUUUGACUCUCGAGAGAUAAAUAGGAGUGCUCCGCCGGUGAUCCGACCGCCGAGUCCCCUGUCCUCCGUAUCCAAUGGCAUCUCUUUCCAGAUCCAGAUCGGGCUGAGCCGCGAGCCCGUUCUUUUGGACUCUGUCGACUUCAGUCUCGCUCAAGUCCGGGAGAUGGCAUGUUACAUCGUGGACCAGAAGUUACCUGAGUGUGGCUUCUAUGGAAUGUAUGAUAAGAUCCUGCUGUUCCGCCAUGUCCCAGACUCAGAGAACAUCCUCCAGCUGGUGAAAUGUGCUACAGACAUCACAGAGGGAGACCUGGUGGAGGUGGUGCUAUCAGCCUCUGCAACAGUGGAGGACUUCCAAAUCCGUCCCCAUGCCUUGUUUGUCCACUCCUACCGGGCCCCUGCCUUCUGUGACCACUGUGGAGAGAUGCUGUGGGGCCUGGUGAGACAGGGCCUCAAGUGUGAAGGUUGUGGUCUGAACUAUCACAAGCGCUGUGCGUUUAAAAUCCCAAAUAACUGCAGUGGUAUCCGCAAGCGGAGGUUGUCCAAUGUCUCUCUGACCGGCUUGACCACCCUGACCACCACACGGUCCAAUGAGCCUUCGCCUUUCACCUCCGACGAGGCCUUACUGUCUUCUGUCACCUCCGGCAUGGAGCAGAAGGCACAGUCAGACAUCUUUCCCGGCAGAGAGAGAAGGUCCUCUUCCUACACCGGCCGGCCCAUAGAGUUAGACAAAAUCCUCCUGUCCAAAGUCAAGGUGCCUCAUACGUUUGUCGUCCACUCCUACACACGCCCCACCGUCUGCCAACACUGCAAGAAGCUACUCAAGGGUCUGUUCCGUCAAGGCCUGCAAUGCAAAGAUUGCAAAUUCAACUGUCAUAAACGAUGUGCGCCCAAAGUGCCAAACAACUGCCUUGGAGAAGUGUCUAAAAAUGGAGAACUACUGAGCCCAGGGGCAGAGUCUGAUUUGGUGAUGGGGCAGGGUUGUGACGACCACGACAGUGACAGGAACAGUGGUCUCAUGGAUGACAUGGAGGAGGCCGUGGUGACUGACACUGGCCUGCUGGAGGCUGGCCAUGGGGAAAUGGGAGAGCUCCACGACCCAGAGGACGACUCCAACAAGGCUAUAAGCCCAUCUACUAGCAACAACAUCCCGCUGAUGCGAGUGGUCCAGUCAGUCAAACACACCAAGAGGAAAAGCAGUAAUGUCAUGAAGGAAGGUUGGCUAGUGCACUUCACCAGUAAAGACACUCUGAGGAAAAGACACUACUGGAGACUGGACAGCAAAUGCAUCACGCUUUUCCAGAAUGACACAGGAAGCAAAUACUACAAGGAAAUUCCAUUGUCAGAGGUGUUGUCUCUGGACCCAGCCAAGACCUUCAACCUGCUGUCUGAGGGCUCCAACGCCCACUGCUUUGAGAUCACUACGGCCAGUCUGGUCUACUACGUAGGGGAGAACCUGGCAAGGCCGGAGGGCCCGGGGAGCAUGUCGGCCCACGGCAGUAUGCUGGUCAGUGGGGUUGGGCCGGACGUCGCCCGUAUGUGGGAGAUCGCCAUCCAGCACGCCCUCAUGCCCGCCAUCUCAAAAGGACUGUCGCACGGGUCACGCCACGGUGGCCACAAUUAUGUUUCCAUCAGCAUUUCAGUGUCCAACUGCCAGAUUCAAGAGAACGUGGAUAUCAGCUCAGUGUAUCAGAUAUUCCCGGAUGAAGUCCUAGGAUCGGGGCAAUUUGGGAUUGUUUAUGGAGGAAAGCACCGAAAAACUGGCCGGGAUGUAGCAAUUAAGAUCAUUGACAAGUUACGCUUCCCCACCAAGCAGGAGAGCCAGCUACGCAAUGAGGUCGCCAUCCUUCAGAACCUGCAUCACCCUGGGGUAGUGAACCUGGAGUGCAUGUUUGAGACGCCGGAGCGCGUCUUCGUCGUCAUGGAGAAGCUCCAUGGAGACAUGCUGGAGAUGAUCCUGUCCAGUGAGAAGGGGAGGCUGCCUGAACGCAUCACCAAAUUCUUUGUCUCACAGAUUCUUCAGGCUCUUCAUCAUCUCCACUUCAAGAACAUCGUCCACUGUGACCUCAAACCAGAGAACGUCUUGCUGGGGUCCUCUGACGCUUUUCCACAAGUGAAGUUGUGCGACUUUGGCUUUGCCCGCAUCAUUGGAGAAAAGUCUUUCCGUCGGUCAGUGGUGGGCACUCCGGCCUACCUGGCCCCUGAGGUCCUAAGGAACAAAGGCUACAACCGCUCCCUGGACAUGUGGUCUGUGGGGGUCAUCAUCUACGUCAGCCUCAGUGGUACCUUCCCAUUCAACGAGGACGAGGACAUUCACGACCAGAUCCAGAACGCUGCCUUCAUGUACCCACCCCACCCCUGGAAGAAGGUGUCCCAGGAAGCAAUUGACCUCAUUAAUAACUUGCUGCAAGUCAAGAUGAGGAAGCGCUACAGCGUGGACAAGUCUCUCAGCCAUCCGUGGUUACAGGACUACCAAAUGUGGCUGGAUCUGCGUAGCCUAGAGUGGAAGAUGCACCAGCGCUACAUCACGCACGAGAGCGAUGACACCCGCUGGGAACGCCACGCCGAACAGCACGGCCUGACGUACCCUGCCCACCUGGUCAACCCGCACGCCGACGUCAGCGAGGGGGUGGAGUCGGAGGAGGCGGACACCAUGACGGCCCUCAGCAUCAGGGUCAAUAGUGUAAACGCUGGGCUGCUGCCCCAUUAAGAGUCAGCAUGCUGCAGUACUGUACACUGCUGCUACCACCCCCUUAAGAGCCUGCUCACUCCCUCCACAACACACCACAGCACAACGGACUGACUGACCCCUCCACUCCCAGCCAGGAACUAGGAGCUCCAAACCCUGCCUUUAAACUAACUGCCUAAUGAACAAAUAUUCUCAUUUCCAAUAGUCUGUAUAUCAGUCAACCAGGUGUAUUGCCUUACUGCUUAAUGUAAGUGAAUCUAAUGACUAAUACUGUAAUACUCUGGGUAUGAGGGAUCAUCCAGGUGUACUGCAUGUUAAGUCAACAGCAGCAACCAAUCACUUCAAAAAAGCAUUUUUUCUUGAUGAUGUGGCCGGGGACACUUUGCUUCUUGAAUGUCCAAUAUCUUGAAAACUUGACUGCUGACAUCCAAAACAUUUUGGGACUAGUUUUUGAUAGUUUUUGAGUGGAUUUCCACUUGAAGUCAAGAGCAGAAACCAAUCCACCCCCAAAAGCCUAAUGAUUUAGUCAAAACUAAAUUAUGUGAUUGGGUGCAACCCAACGAGAGAGCUCAGGACAAACCUGUGCCACUCAGUGAGAACGGAUAUUAUUAUUAUUACUAUUAUUACUAGUAUUAUUACUAAAGUAUGAUGAAAAUUCACAGAAAACCAGUAAAGCUGGAUGGUGGAAAGACAAAGACCGAGGGGGGUGAUACCCCAUUGUAGGCUGGAUGUGUGUGGAGGCAGAAUCCCGAGGCCUGGAUACAGAGAAACAGUGAAGGUAGAAUACCUGUAAGCAUCUGACCUCGUCAACAGCUAGCUGCUUUUCUAGUCUAGUGUUGAAACUGUUCAUGAUGUGAUGCUGAAUGUUGAAUCGUAUGUUGGCUACUGUACAGUAUGCUUGUGCUCUUUGCGCAAUUGCAACCAGCCUUUAAUGCAUUAUUGCCUGCAGGGAAGAAAUAAUUUUCUCUGGCUACAUAUUUAAAUAAAGAUGUUUCAAAGCAGA